CGUACGAGAGAGCGCGCGCGCCCAGCACACCACACCGUCGGCAGCACGCGUGCAGCCGCAGUGAAGAUCCCCGACAACGCGGAGGAGCAUGAGAGCAGCGGCCACCUUGCUGCCGCUGCUGCUUCUAGCGGCCGCACGCGCGGCACACGCGGGUACCUCGUUCCUCAACUCUAUGUUCGCUGCACAGACGCAGACUGACCCCUGCUACGAUGAGAUGAACAACCCUCGACGCUGCAUCCCGGACUUUGUCAACGCGGCCUUCGGGAAAGAGGUACGCGUCAGUUCGGAAUGUGGCAAUCCACCGUCACGGUACUGCACCACGGCGACCGACGAAAAGGGAGAGAUCGUGAGGAACUGUCAAAUUUGCGACGGUUCCAACCCGAAGCGGAGGCACCCCGCUGCGUACCUCACUGAUCUCAACAAUCCAAACAACGUGACCUGUUGGAUGUCGGAACCUUUCACUUCGCCCACGCACAACGUGUCCCUCUUGCUUAGCCUGGGAAAGAAGUACGAGUUGACGUACAUCAGUCUUCAGUUCUGCGGCGCGAAGCCCGACUCCCUGGCAGUGUUCAAAAGCAGCGACUACGGUCGUUCCUGGCAACCCUUCCAGUUCUACUCUUCGCAGUGCAGGAAAAUGUACGGCAGGCAGAACAGGGCCCUCAUCACGAAAGCCAACGAACAGGAACCGCUCUGCACGGACCCUCAGUCGGCGUCGGAGCCACUGUCGGGUGCCAGAAUAGCGUUCAGUACGUUAGAGGGUAGGCCCUCGGCGUACGAGUUCGACAGCAGUCCAGUACUCCAGGAGUGGGUGACGGUGACGGAUGUGAAGGUGAUCUUCCACAGGCUCACCAGCUGGGCUCCGGAACCGGACAACGACACGGUGCUUCCACGGGAGGCGUCUUCGUACUACGCCGUGUCGGACUUCGCCGUGGGCGGCCGCUGCAAGUGCAACGGGCACGCCUCUCGGUGCGUGCAGAACAGGGAUGGACAGCUGGCGUGCGACUGCAAACAUAACACCGCUGGCAGGGACUGCGAGAAGUGCAAGCCUUUCCAUUUCGACAGACCUUGGGGGAGGGCAACUGCACACGAAGCGCAUCAAUGUGUCCCAUGCAACUGCAACCUCCACGCCAGACGCUGUCGCUUCAACAUGGAGUUGUACAAGCUGUCCGGACGCCAAAGUGGUGGAGUCUGUCUCAACUGCCGUCACAACACGGCAGGUCGUCACUGCCAUUACUGCAAGGAAGGCUACUACAGAGACCACACCAAGCCAAUCACGCACCGAAAGGCUUGCAGGGCUUGUGACUGCCACCCCGUGGGCGCAUCAGGACGAACCUGCAACCAGACGACGGGACAGUGUCCAUGUAAAGACGGAGUCACGGGCAUCACUUGCAAUCGCUGCGCCAAAGGGUAUCAGCAGAGCAGGUCACCGAUUGCACCUUGCAUAAAAAUUCCAGCACUGGAUCAUCCUCUGAUGACGUCGCCCGGAGCGGAACAAUGUGCAAAGUGCAAGACGACCACCAAGCGAAUAAACCUUCGCAAGUACUGCAAGCGAGAUUUCGCGAUCCAGGCGAACAUCAUGAGCCGAGAGUCGAUCGACGACUGGGCACGGUUUAACAUUCAAGUCGUCGACAUCUUCAAGUACGGACCGGCCAAAGUACGACGCGGGCCCGACUUCCUCUGGGUACCCAUGGCAGACCUGGCUUGCAAGUGCCCGAAGAUCAGAGUUAAAAGCAGCUACCUCAUUCUAGGCAAUGAAGAGAUGCACGACGGAGAACCAGGGCUGACGGCGGACAAGUCGAGCAUCGUGAUCGACUGGAGAGAGGAGUGGGGGAGGAGGCUGCGCAAGUUUCAAAGGCGACAAAGGAAAGAAUGGUCAGAAGACGACAGUGAGGAAUCUAGGCACUAUGUAGAUUGCUUUUUACAUGUUCACCAUAACAGUGACAAUGCUUCAUUUGUGAUCACCGAUGAAGACAUUAUAUUGCCAUCGUGACUGCUGGAAUUGGACUCAAACUAGCUAGGGAGCAUUUUACAAUACUUUUAGGACCUCAGUUCACACUUUCCAGUGAAUACAGCACGGGAAAGGUUAGCUUCCACUGCACAGCCUCAGAGGAUGUUUUCCGAAGGAGUUCACCGCGCUUAUGACAUUCCUUUUAUAAAGGUCAAAACGUGGGAUGGAGGAACCCAACUUCCUCCAGCUACAGUUGGAUGACAAUAAAGUAUGCUACCCUGCAGUUCCUUUUAACUUAAAAGCUGCCUGGUGCCAAAUAUACUGUAUUAUAUACGUUUACUUGCAAAUAGGAAUAGUAGUUGUCGUGACUAAUGUGUGUAGAAGUCGUGGUUUUUAUUUCUUUUUUUUUUUUUGUCUGGCCUUCCUCAAUGUGAUGUCUGUGCUCGGUGUUUUCAUCAUGUUUUCGUUGUUCUUUAAAUGUGAAUAUAUACACUGUCAUCAUUUCAGAGAUCUGAGAAUUGUGAAAAAUCAAGAUGAAACGUAACUAUUCAUGCUGUGCUGUGGAUUUGUUUGUUUUUCAAUGUACUGAGAGGUUCUAUAAAAUAAACAAUGAUGAGCGUG